AUGUACGGUAAUGGUCAUUACCUUGACCUUCGCUACGAUAGGAACCCUCAAACGUUGGUGGUCAAUUCUCCCAGGGUGGUUAUGGGUUUAGACAUUGCCAUGGAGGGAGAGAGAGUAUGUAGUAGCCCCGACUCGCAAGCACCAAGAUUGACAAGCGAGAUUGGAGUGGCUGCCUUGGCAUAUACAGUGCCAACGGUCUCUUUAUCGGGGAUGGUAGAACAGAACGGCCGAGGCCAAAAAGUUGAACCUGAUCGCCGUCCCUGCGCCCCACACGUCUAUGGCCCACUAGUACUGUCGGAAGAUCCCAAUUCUACAUGCAUAUGUACCGACAAGGCUACCUACUAUCUUAAAGUUGCGGUCGCUGGGUCUCCGAUAACCUAUACCAGUACCUAUAGGAAGGGCGAGGACGUACGGCUGAACUCUGAGCCUCGAGUACCUUGA